CACACGUUAUCUCGACGAUGAUUAACGAUACUGCCUUAUCUAAAAUUUUAGCAUUUGCCUUGCGUUAGUGAUCAAGUGAGUCUGAAUACGAAAACGAGCGUUUACGCUCGUUUUCUUUUCCGCAACGAUCGUGAUACCGAGUGCCGCAAUGUGACUUAUUAUGAUGAGUGAACUGAUUGUUAAAUCGAUUAGGAAAUUAGGCUACAUCCGUACGAAUUUCAGCUCCGUCAACAUAGCUAUUCUCGUUUCUGCAAUUCCAUAAUAAACAGGAAAAUUUAUAAAAAAAAAUAUAUAAAUCAAAGAAGACAGUUUACAAAGAAGAAUUAUUUUUCGUGUGUUCUGUCUGUGCAAGGAACUUAUCGUGUAAUUGUAUUCGAUGAGUCCAAAACCAGUGACGCUGGAAGGACAUAAAAAAAGAACAAAAAAAUGCCAGGCACUCUAACGUAUCCGAUGUACGCGGGCGUUGAUUCAUUUUCGUCCAGAAGACGUGCCAAUACAUGGACCGCACAGCAUCGUUCCGCAUCACGUGUGGCAGAAAUCAAUGCUCAACUCGGUCGAGUAUCCCUCUCGGAACCUGCGAGAGACGAAACGAGCAAGUUGAGGUUAAAAGUAAUCGCUGGGCACCAUCUAGCUAAAAAAGAUAUAUUUGGUGCAAGCGAUCCUUAUGUACGCGUGGACUUGAACACAAUAAAUGGCGAUCAGACAGUGGAUUCUGCACUUACAAGAACUAAGAAGAAAACAUUGAAUCCUGUUUGGGAAGAAGAAUUUGUAUUUAGGGUUAAACCAGUAGAACACAAAUUGGUCUUACAAGUUUUUGAUGAAAAUAGAUUGACAAGGGAUGAUUUUCUUGGUAUGGUUGAGUUAACAUUGAUUAAUUUACCAAAGGAACAAGAAGGUCGCUCUAUUCCUGCUAGGAAUUAUGUACUUCGUCCACGUAGUAAUCAUUCCAGUCAGCGGUCACGAGUUAAGGGAACGUUGGAACUGUAUCAUGCAUACAUUUCCGACUCAUCUAGUAUUGAAAAUGACAACGGAGACGUAUCUGAUUCAGGCGGAUGGGAAUUAGUACAGGCAGAGACUAAUAGUCCAGUGGAGCAAAGUGCAGAUAUUACGAUAGUGAAUAGGCCAUUACCACCAGGAUGGGAAGAACGACAGGACGCAAAUGGUCGUACAUACUAUGUUAAUCAUAUAGCGCGUUUCACACAAUGGGAACGACCAGAACCAGACACAACAGCGACGAGUGGAAUUGUUGAACAACGUAAUUUAGAUACAGCAGCUACUGAAUUUCAACGACGGUUUCAUAUUAGUGCUGAUGAUGAAGGUAGACAUAGGAAUUCGGUAGUAAAUCAGGAUGGUGAAGUUCUACGCGAGGACGAUGAAGAUUCGGAAGCAAGAGAUUGUGAGGGUGGGGAUCAUAGGGGAGGGGGUAUUGGGGAUACUUCUUCAGACUCCGGACGUUCUGUCGAUCAACGUGGCUACCUUAGCGAAUCUGAAGAACAGACUGAUGACAAUAUCGAUAGUCCAGCUGGUUCGAGACGUUCAUCAGAGCAGAUUGAAAGUCCCAAACCUACUCUUCCUGUGUCGAAUGAUGAAGGAUUGCCCCCUGGUUGGGGCAUGCAAGUAGCACCUAAUGGUAGAAUAUUUUUCAUUGACCAUAAUGAGAGGGCGACAACCUGGAUUGAUCCCCGAACGGGAAGACCAAGCUCUAUACCUAAUCAUAUUGCACCAUCAACGACAGCGAGAAGUGAUUUAGAUCAAUUAGGACCGCUUCCAGAAGGAUGGGAGGAAAGAGUACACACUGAUGGACGAAUCUUCUUUAUAGAUCAUAAUACAAGAACAACACAAUGGGAAGAUCCACGUAUGUCUAAUCCUCAAAUUGCUGGCCCGGCUGUACCAUAUUCAAGAGAUUAUAAGCGUAAAUAUGAAUAUCUGAAAUCACAACUGAGAAAGCCUAAUAAUGUUCCUAAUAAGUUUGAAAUAAAAGUUGGUCGGAACAAUAUUUUGGAAGAUUCGUACCGUAUUAUAAGCUCCGUUAACAGAGUUGAUAUUCUAAAAACGAAAUUAUGGGUAGAAUUUGAAGGAGAGGUAGGCUUAGAUUACGGUGGCCUUGCAAGAGAAUGGUUCUUCUUAUUGUCUAAAGAAAUGUUCAAUCCGUACUAUGGACUUUUUGAGUAUUCUGCAACCGAUAAUUAUACACUGCAAAUUAAUCCUUGUUCUGGUGUAUGUAAUGAGGAGCAUUUGAAUUAUUUUAAAUUUAUUGGACGUAUAGCAGGAAUGGCUGUUUAUCAUGGUAAACUUUUGGAUGCUUUCUUUAUUCGACCAUUUUAUAAAAUGAUGUUGGGUAAACCAAUUGAUCUGAAAGAUAUGGAGAGUGUUGAUUCUGAAUAUUACAACUCUCUUCUAUGGAUUAAAGAAAACGAUCCCAGUGAAUUAGAACUCACUUUCAGCCUUGACGAAGAAAGCUUUGGUCAUACUUCCCAAAGAGACUUAAAGCCAGAUGGUGCUAAUAUUUCUUUGACCGAUGAAAAUAAGGACGAGUAUAUAAGUUUAGUUAUACAAUGGCGAUUUGUAUCUCGUGUGCAGGAACAAAUGAAUGCUUUCUUGGAAGGUUUCAACGCUCUUAUACCACCGACAUUGGUAAAAAUAUUUGAUGAACAUGAACUGGAAUUGUUAAUGUGUGGUAUACAGCAUAUUGAUGUGAAAGACUGGAAACAAAAUACUUUAUAUAAAGGAGACUAUCACGCAAAUCACAUUGUUGUGCAGUGGUUCUGGAGAGUCGUUUUGUCAUUCAGUAAUGAAAUGCGUUCUAGAUUAUUACAGUUUGUAACUGGCACAUCACGUGUUCCUAUGAAUGGAUUCAAAGAACUUUAUGGCAGUAAUGGACCGCAAUUAUUUACAAUUGAGAGGUGGGGUACACCAGAGAAUUAUCCAAGAGCUCAUACUUGUUUUAAUCGUAUUGACCUUCCUCCGUAUAAAAGUUAUCAACAACUCAGGGAUAAGCUAGUUAAAGCAAUUGAAGGUUCUCAAGGCUUUGCUGGAGUCGACUAGCACGAAACCAUGGUUCGUGAUAAUAUCUGUAAUAUAUUGUAUAUAUUCUGAUAAUAUACUUUUCUGUACCUUUACACAUACCUAUGUAAAGGUACAGAAAAGUAUAUUAUCUUAAUAUGAUUAACUAUUUAAAAUCUUUCUGCACUUUAAUGAUUUUGUUGUCUCUUUAAUUAUGAGCGACAAAAUUAAAAUAUAUUGAAAAUAUGUUUAAAAAGUUAAAUUGCUUAGUUUUUCUAAAUAAUCUUUCGAUAAGUCUUUCAGCAUAUGCUACGCUUUUGAAAACACUUAUUAUACUGGAAAAUAUUUGCAUAAUCUAAAGUGCAUAAUCUGAUUGUUAAAACUUGCAAUCAGACAUUAAUUAAUUCACUUUUGAAGACAUGCCAUAUUUUUACUACUACAACUAUGGGAUUUCCUGGGAGAAGUGAUUUGGCUGCUAUAACAAUGUGAUAUUAUGAUAUUGAUUUAUUAAUUGAGUCUUUUCUUGGUUAAUAAGAUUAGAAUGUUGCUAUGAAAUGCAAUUUAUAUAUAUGGCUGUAUAUGAUAAAAUUUUGACAAAUUGUUUUCAAAUGACAUUAUAAUCGUGUAAAAAUGAGAACAAUCAAUGUCAUUUUGUGACUUAAAAAUUUUCUGUAUAUAGAUACACCUUUUUUUUCACAUUCAAAUCAUGAGAUGUUAAUAUAAUGUUAUUUUGUUGUCAAUAAAUUCAAUUCUUCAAAUUUGUACUGACAUGAAACCAAAGUUUGACAAAAAAUUACUUUCUCGAUACAUUCUAUUUAAUUAAAAGUUUCUCUUCUUUUAUAUAUCGCAUAUUGGAAAACAAUUAAGAUUGUAAGUGUUGUUUUAUGUAAAAGCAUUUUGUUUUUUUUUAAUAAAUCAAAAUUUUCUAAUAUUUUAAAUAUAAUAAAUUAUGUAUGUCAUAAUUUUAAUUAUAUUUUUAUGGCACACCAAACUAUACUUCUCUUUUUCAACUUUAAUAUCAUGCAAACUCUUAAAUUACCCUUAUCCAUUGUUUAAUAUGUAAAGCUGUUUAUGUCUUUUGUUAAACGAGCAAAGAUAAAAUGCUUCUAUAUAUUUUUACACAUAUAUUUAUGUAUAAACUAACUUAUCUUUUUUUCCUUUAUAUAUGUUGUUCCUUUUAUAACCUUUUUAUGAUCAAAUGAUAAAAGAUCAUAGAAAUUGUAUUCAAGAAUGUAUACUUCUAUAAUGUACAAAAGAAUAUAAACAGUUUCAUAAACAGUUAUUAUGUUAUUAGAAGAAGAGGCAAGAAACUAUAGAAACCAAAACUAAUAAAGUAACAAUUUUACUUCAAAAUUUUUAUUUCAUUUUGUGCUAAAUGAUAUAAAAUAAAAUUAUGUAGUUUAGAAUAAGUUAUUGGAAGAAAAUUCAUAUUUUAUCGUAUUAACAUACAAAAUAAAGUACGCAGAAUUUUAAACAAAUUAAUAAACUUAUUUGUGAAAGUAUAUAUUGACGAAUUAAUAAAUUAAAUUAAUUUGCUGCGAGUUGUAUCAUUGUAUUAUUGUUACCUUGCUUGUUCUUCUGAGUUAAUAAUGACUUAAGAAUGUAUGUUGUACUCAGGAAAUAUAAUUAUGUAUACAGUAUAUUAAAUGAAGGAAGAAAUUGAUUACAAUGUUAUUUUUCAGAAAUCUAAAUCAUUUCGUAUAUUUUUUUAAAUAUCCUGGUACAACAAAACUCAAUAGUCUCGAAAAUAAUUUAAGUAUUGCUCCUUGUUAAUCGAUCGAAGAUGACGAAAUCAGUGGUCAGAUGCGAAUGCCUAUCUUGUAUUAUAAAACAUUUAUUCAAAUAAUUAAUAUACAUUCUGAAGAAGUUAAUAUAACAUUCCAUCCUGUUUGUACAGCUUAUUUUAUUGUAAACAGGUACGUCCCGUUAGAUAAUAAAUAAUAUUGUCAUGACAGAAAUUUUGUGGCCUUAAAUUCUGGUUAUGAAAUUUCUUAUUUUGAUAAGUCUCUCGUUCGUAAAAUCUAGAUUUGUAUAAUAUUCGAGUGCGUUAAUUAUUCGCUGAUAAAUGAAAAUCUUUGGUAUUCAUCUUCAUAUUAGAUUUGCUGAGCGAUAUAUAUAAGCUUACAUUUAAUAUGUUAGUAUUUCCUAGCCUGGAGAUGACAAACUGUAUCCAGUAAUCUAAUAUGUUAUGAAGUGCGUAUAAGACCCUAAGCUCAUUAAUGGAGCAAUGAACAAGCAGAGCGCAAUCUAAUCUUCAUAAAUUAAAGUUAAAAUUGGAUAAGGAAGAAGAUUGUCAUUAUGCAUGCGCAGAGUGCAGUGUUCUCUGAGUCUGUCUUUCAAAACUAGUGUCUUUAAAUCGUCUUGUACCUUUAUAAAUAAAUAUAACAAUGUUGGUUUAUUUAAUUUAUUUCAAAAUAUGACAAAACGCGCGCGCGUGCGUGUUCACAUCGAUAUAUAUGAAAUUUAUGAUUUGCAAAUAGUAGUGGUGAAGCAAUAAUAAAUAUUACAUAUAAUUAAUGUUAGACGGACUUGUAGAAUAUUGGCACAAUGUAAUGCAGACACGAGGCGAGAGACUCGUAAAUUUUUGUAAUCGAGUUUGAGUACGCUCUAUUGUAGUUUCUUGUAUUAUAUUCCUACAUAAAAAGAUCACAAAUAUGAAAAAAAAAAACAGUAUAUGAACGAUAUAUCCAAUGAAUUUAAUAAUCACGUUUGGUAUCCUGUGUAUCGUAUAAACAUUUUUACAGACAGCGUGUUAAAAUUGUAUUUACUUGUAAAUCGACGCGAUAUCAAAAAGGAGAUCUAAAUGUAGGUAUUAUCAGAUAGCUAUUCUGUAAAAUGACCGCAUUUAUGCUUGAUCUAUAUAUAAAUAGCCCGUAAAACUUAAUGCCUUACGAUAAUUAUAUCACGCAUUAGAAUAAAUCUACUUAACAUUUGCAUUAUUAUUUACUGAUGUAACGAUACGUUGACUCUAUUAUUGUGUCAGGUAGCUAUUGUUUGACAGUAUACACUUUACGUGUCUUUAUCUAUGUAUGUCUAUAUUUUCACUACCAAUGCCUUAUUUUAUUUAGGACGGAAGGAGACUUAAUUGUUUUUAAGCUAGCUCAAUGUGGUACACAACACGUUUUAUUUACAUAUACUUACGUGCACGAACUGAAAGAAAUGCGUGACUUAAUUACGUUAUAUUCGUGUAAAUAUUACAAAAAAAAAUAUAUAUAUACGUUGUAAUAUAUUAUAAAAAAAAA